GAAGUGCGUCCCGCUGAAACCGAUCCGGAGUCAGUUUGGUUCAGCGGCGCUGAGCUGAGCUGAGUCCGGUAGUUUGUAUCUGUUGUCACGGGAUGCGCUUCCGCAACAAAGAGGCCAAAAAGUAAACAGACACCGCCGAGGAAGAAGCUAGUGAUCACCGGGGGAUGCGAAAAACACUGGCGGCUAACGGUCGCCACCCCCAGGUUGCCCGGUAGAGACAAAACACAAAAUAAAGCCCACAAAACGAAAGGACAAGAGAAGGAACGAUGGAGGUGCUGUGUUUCCGGUUACCGGGCCACGGGGACAAGACCCUGAAUCACAUGAAUUCACUGAGGUCUCGACAGCAAUUCUGUGACAUCACCAUUGUGGCCAGUAACAACCAGACAUUCAGGGGACACAAGGUGGUGCUUGCCGCCUGCUCACCGUUCCUGCGGGACCAGUUCCUCCUCAACCCGUCGCCAAAGCUUCAUGUGUCGAUGCUGUACAGCUCCACCGUGGUGUGUGACCUGCUCCAGUCUUGUUACACCGGUAUGCUGCAGUUUAAACCAGAGGAGAUCGUCAACUACCUGACCGCUGCCAGCUAUCUGCAGAUGGAGCAUAUUGUGGAGCGCUGCCGAGGAGCCUUGAAGAAGUACGUCCAGCUGAAGAACCCCAGUCCACCGAAGAUGACCGCAGAGGAAAGUCAGUCUCGACCACUGAUUGUCAGUGGCAGCGUUUGUACCGUUGCAUCUCCCCGCACCAGCCGGCCCUCCCCUGUAGAACCGCAGAGUCCCGCAGGACGAUCGGCCGAGGAGAACAACAACGGCGAUGCGUCUGCUCAGGGCAGCAGUCAACACCACGAUGAGAGUCCCAUGCAGGAUGAGACAUGUAUAAAGGUUAAUGCAUCCGACGAAGAAGAGACAAAACAGGACUUCGACGUGUUCCGAGUGUAUAUCUCUGAAGACGAUCAGAUGAACAGAGACCAAGAAGAGGAGAUGGGAGCUCCCUCUGAUGGACCUCAGGACGCUUGUUACCCUGAGGCAGAAGGUGUUGUGAUCGGAGGAGAAGGCGGCGAAUAUGACCUGGAUCAAUCCAACGUAGAUCUCCGUACUGGGGGACUUUCGAUUGAGGGUCUUCGGGCUCUCAGGCGCAGGCUGUCUGACCCUAAAGUAGGCAGAGGCAGGGGGAGUGGCAGGGGGAGGGGUUUCAAAAGGAGACGGUGGGCGUCAUCUCAGGAGAAAAGACCUCCAGGCACGGCUAACCAACAGGAUCUGUGGUACUUGGCGACUGCUGGACUAGGAGGGGGUAUUGGACAGGACUUCAACCCGGAAGGACUGAAGACAGGAAGUUACUUGUCAGUUGACCUCCCACGGUUAGACUUCGGUGUGGGUGAAGAUCAAGGAGAAGAAGUUUCUCCGCUGGCAGGCAGUUUGAACCAGUAUUCCCUGGACGAGUCCAGCUGUGGUGCUGGUGAGGGGAGUUCAGGGUUGGCCAGUGUUGGAACAAACGAAGGAGGGGAUGAGUCUGUUGCGGUCGUGGGGUCCACUUCAAGCGUAUCGGGGCCUGUAAUCUGUGAACACUGCGGUGUGACUUUCCCCUCAACCCAAUCUCUUGCCGUCCACUCCCGCUCCACGCACCUGCUGUACUCGUGCCCCUGCUGCGGCAAACACUUCCACCACUCGGCCAACUUCACCCGGCACAUGGCCGUGCACCGGGGCGCCGGCAAAACCCACCAAUGCCCCCUGUGUUACAAGACUUUCACGCAAAAGUCCACGCUGAUCGAUCACAUGAACCUGCACAGUGGCGAGCGCCCGCACCGCUGCGCCUACUGCCACGCCCGCUUUGCCCACAAGCCAGCCUUGCGACGCCAUCUGAAGGAGCAGCACGGGAAAACCACGGGGCAAAACUCCCUCCACGAGCAGGAGGAGAUCGAGAGGGCGAGAGAAGCUGCCGGAAGAAUACGAGAGGAAGAACAAGAAUGUCUGGUGACGGAACAAGUGUCUUAGGCCAAAGCGAUGAAAUACAGUAAAGUCCGGCAAGGAGAUCAGCCUGCGACGGACUUUGAGGCCUUUUAAAAUCUCAGACUGUGAACAGAAAACUGUUUUUUUAUCAAAUUUGCAUAAAAAUAUACAUACUAGUGAUGGAUGUGGAGGGAGAAAUGACUGAGAUGCAACAAUCACCCAUUUACAGACUUAUCAUAAUAGGAAGAGUACAGGUGACAAACAGUAACAGGACCCGGAGAACUGAAAAAAGCAAUAUGGAAUUCAGCCGCUCUCAAUUUAAUGAUCUACACCUGUGUUCUUUCCUACAGUGACUGUCAAAAUGUGCCCAGUACUUUUAAUAUCUGUUAGAAUAGUUUGACUCAGACUAUAAUGUUAAACUUGAAAGUGUGUGAUAAAUGUUCAGUAUGAUUACUGACCGUGGUUUAGAGAAAAUUUAUGAAUACAUGUAAAUAUAAACUAAUUCACAAGUCUUGCACACUAGUGCAAAUUUAAAAGACGCUACACGGCCGCGGUCUACCCACACGUGGGGGGUUUCACUUAACGCUGCCACCAGGUGUGUGUGUACACAUUAGGAUGCACCUGGCACUAAACUUGCCUUAUAUACUGUUGAGGAAAGAAAUGAUAAUAAAUCACUCGAACCAACUGCAA